AUGCCCCCUGUUAAUUCUAAAGCAAAGAAGAAUGGCGCUGAAUAUGAGAACAUUCUUGCUAAUAAAUGCUCAGUUCUAGACUUUGAACAAUAUAUUCAAGAGAAUAAAACUUUAUUGCUCAAUGAUCCACUGAGAGAUAUUUUACUCUAUCCAACUGAUGAUGUCUCCAGUGUAGUUCUACCUCGACGGUGGAGAACCGUGACUACAGCUGUUCCAGAUGUCCGAACUGCAUCAACCUGUCCACUGCUAACUAGACAAGCCCUGCUGAGUUAUGCUUCAAGCUGGAACCUUAUACAUUACAAGUACAAUAGCUACUCUGGAACAUAUCUCAAUUUGCCAAGACCCAUCGACAAUAAAUCGAGCGAGGAAGUGUACGACAUUGAUGCGGAAAGCGAAAGCGAUCAUGAAGCUCAAGCAACCAAAGUGGACAUUGGUACCAAAGAAGGGUACCUUCUCAAGGGACCCGAAAUCGGCUCAGAUAGGAUAUUCAGCAACCUCGCCUCCAAAUCAUUUAAGAAACGAUAUUGUUCAAUGGUCAGGGAGGCCGACGGCGCCUACAUACUCGAGGUGUACAAAGACGAAAAGAAAACCGACACAAAACUCACUAUUGUUAUGGAUUUCUGCUCCGAUGUUGUUAAAAACGCAAAACGUGGACGGUUCUGUUUUGAACUUCGAAUGGCGGGCAACAAAGGCUACACGUUUGCAACGGAAAACGAGGAAGAUAUGAACGAAUGGAUAAACGCGUUCAAGGCCGCUCUAAAAAAGAACAGCCAGGAAAAUCAGCAUACAGAAGAAGUGUUAGAUAAAGAUGCCGAUGUUUCGCUCACGGCCGACCCCCCUCCCCCGACCUACGGGACUCUGAAAGGCCUGGAGCACAGCAUGAAUCCACUGCUGAUGCGCUAUUCCCGGGAGACCGACAUGUCCAUAGCGGCGGCGAGGAACGAAUGCCGCUCCAACAUCUUCUACCUGCCCUACAAGCGGACACCGUCGCCUGAGCCACAGCUGGAACCUUUCAAGGAACACUUCGGCCAGAGGAUCUUGCUCAAGUGCGAGAGCCUCAAGUUCCGGCUGCAGGCGCCGAUAGAUGGCGACAGGGAGCUGCUGUGCCAAGUGGAGCCCUACUUCACCCACCUGGCGCUGUACGACGCGCGCAGCGGCAAGAAGCUCACCGAGGACUUCCACUUCGACCUGAACCACGCGGCGGUGGCCGAUCUAGUCAAGGACGCGGAGUGCACCGGCUCGCUGGUGGAGAACUUCAGCUACGACGUCAAGUUGGACGUGAGGCAGAUACCCGAGGAGUGGUUCAGAUCCAAGAAGCAGGUGGUGCUGUCAGUGAAUAAUCCCCAUCCAGAGCUAUUUAUAGUCGUGAAGAUCGACAAAAUCCUACAAGGUCACGUGAGCCAAGUACUUGAACCGUACCUCAAAGCGACUAAAGACCCUCGAUUGGGCCUCAAAGUCCAUAAAACAGUACAGGCGUAUGCAAAUCGUGUGGGAAACUACAGGAUGCCUUUCGCUUGGGCCGCAAAACCUUUGUUCAGGCUUUACAGCAAUGACUUGGACACUACGCCCGAAUUUCCCGCCAUAUACCGUCAAGAGCCAAAUAAGAUGUCCGACGAUGAUCUGAUGAAGAUCCUGUCGGAUUACAGAAAGCCGGAAAAGCUGUCGAAACUCACAGUGGUGCCUGGUUGGCUAAGCAUCAAUAUACAGCACAGCAACGAACCCAUACCAAACUGUAUGACAAGCUCGUACGCUGCGUUGAAGCCGUUCCCACUGCCGCCCACAGCCCCGCUGACAUUAGAGCUGGCAACACUGAACGUAGAGCCGGAGCAACCGUACGCAGCGUACAUACAUCACUUAUACGUUAGGCCUUUAUAUUUGGUCUUCGAGUCACAAAAGAUGUUUGCUAGAGCGAGGAACAUUGCUUGCUCAAUCGAAUUGAAGGAAAACGAUACUGGCGACAAUAAACCUUUACAGGUGAUAUACGGGCGUACGGGCAUGAUAUCCCAAUAUCGCUGCUCAGUUUUACACCACAACGCGAAUCCGAGUUGGUGCGACGAGGCCAAAAUACGACUCCCUGCUACUCUCACUUCCAAGCAUCACCUGCUAUUCACCUUCCAUCACAUAUCCUGCGAUCUCACUAAGAAAAAUGAAACCAACGUUGAAACAUGUAUUGGGUAUGCUUGGGUGCCGCUAAUGAAAAAUGAUAAACUGGUUGAAGAGAUAGUUAAUUUGCCUAUCGCCACUCACCUACCUUCCGGUUACCUAUCGAUUCAACCACUUGGACUUGGUAAAGGGUACACGGGCCCGGAAGUGGCGUGGGUGGAGGGCGAGAAGCAGCUGUUCCGCUGCCAGCUGGUGCUGGACUCGACGGUGGUGACGAGGGACGCGCAGCUGCACAACCUGUUCGGGCAGGCGGAGCGGCUCGCGAGCAGCGGCCACCCGCCCGCCUCGCCCUCGCCGCCGCUCUGGAGCGACGUUGCCAACGCGCUCAAGGCCGCGCACGCCAUCAAGCUCAGCUCCCUCGUCGCCUUCCUGCCCACCAUCCUCAACCAGCUCUUCGAACUUAUGACGAUAGAAAAAGGCUAUUCCCAUGACAUGGGCUAUCAGAUCGUGAAAUUAAUAGUGCAUUACGUCCACAUGAUACAUGAUUAUGGAAGAAAAGAUUUACUCGAUAGUUACGUCAAGUAUGUGUUUAACUGCGUCGAGUUCAAAUUACACACUGUGCUCACUGCACCGCUCCAUAUGUUUGUUGAUCCUAAUCAGCAAGAUUUCCUGCUCGGACAAAAGUUCAUGCAAUACUCAAACUUCUUCUUUGAUAUAAUAAUCAAAAGCAUGGCGCAAUAUUUAAUCAAUACCGGAAGGAUAAAGAUGUCAAGGCACGAAAGGUUUCACGCCGAUUUAUUAGAGAACAUUGAUAAAUUGGUUUCCCAAGUAGAACCAUCAUACAUAUUGCAACAACCCAUGCAAACUCAUAUAUUCAAUAAAAACCUCGCUUUGUUCUUAAAGGCAUUGUUCGAUUUCAAAUUUACAUUUCUACAAACGAUAUGCUCACAUGAACACUUUGUGCCUUUCAACUUGCCACUACAAGCGAAUAAACUUUUCAAAGAGUCUGAUGAAGAUCCAGCAAAAAUGCGGCUAACUGAUGACUUUAUGAUGAGGCAUUUCCUUGCUGGGAUACUCUUAAAACAGAUCGAGCAGUCGCUGCGAGAGGCGCCGCAGAAGAGGCGCACCGCGCUGGGCGUGCUGCGCGCGCUGCUCACCAAGCACGAGCACGACGACCGCUACCGCACGCGGCAGGCGCGCGCCCGCCUCGCCCACCUCUACGGGCCCUGGCUCACCAUCGUACUAGAUAAUUCCCAUCGCUUAGUGACGAAAUCGCUCGCCAGUCCAGUAAUAGAGAACAGCGAGGAUAGAGUAGACGGCGACGCGACAGUCACUUCCAUUCUCAACAGCACUCAAAAGGAAGCCGCUUCAGCCAAUAGCACCCCUCGGAGGAAUCGAUUGACCUUGCAUUUUGACCACACGCCUGUCAGGACCUCGGCGCAUUUCAAGGACCCACCGAACAUGCAAUCUACCAACAUGUAUGGAAAAGAUAGCACGAAUAACAUGUCACAAAGCUCCCUGGAGUCCGUGUCUACGAUGUCUGGUGGGGAUUCCCUUCCUAGGAACACGAAGUUGGACUUGAGCGACAUUGGCGAUCAGGUCAACCGAUUUGGUGUGAUGUCCCCGGAGGAGGUCCGCGACGUGCUUUUAUGUUUCCUUUUCGUCUUGAAAUAUUUGGACGAAGACAGACUGAUUGAAUGGUGGAAGACUCAUUCACCGGCGCAGCAGCAAGCGUUCUUUAACGUGUUAGAAAUUUGCGCGGAACAGUUUCAAUACGUCGGCAGAAAAAAGAUUCUAUCAGAGUUGAAAGUCACUACGCCCAAUUGUAACGGGAAACCGAAGCCGGUGAAGGCAAGAACGCUACCGGCCAGGAUGAGCCCGCCCGAUUUCUCCAAAGAACCGCCCAUAAUCGUGGAGAAGAACAACACCGUUAACCGAGAGAAUCUCGUCAACACCACUGUCACUACAGAGCUGGAGGCGAUAUCGGAGCACGCGGUGCUGUCGGCCGGCUGGCUGGCGACGGAGGUGGGCCUGGUGGUGGUGGACCGCGCGUGCCUGUUCAUGAAGCACGUGGGCGUGGCGGAGGGCGGCGCCGCCAGGCCCUACCUGCGCCUGCUGCAGCUGCCGCAGAGCGAGACCCUGUACAGGCACCUCUUCGCCGCACUCAGGGCCUACAUCAACCAGUUCUCGGAGACGCUGUUCGAAGGCGGUAGCACACUCUGCGCCGGCGUGGUGCGGUCUGUGGUGAAGCUGUGCGAGGCGAGGGCUGCUUGGCUGCGUCGAGAGGCGGCCGCCACGCUAUACCUGCUGAUGCGCGCCAACUUCCAGCACGGGAAAGGCGGGAACCUCACCAGGGUCCACCUUCAGGUUAUAAUUGCUAUAUCGAAACUUCUCGACACGUCAACCGCAAUCAACUGUAAACGUUUCCAAGAAUCACUGUCUGUCAUCAACUGCUUCGCAACCGGAGAUAAAGCCAUGAAGGGGACUGGAUUAUCAAGCGAAGUGGCAGAGCUGAUGCGACGCGUACGCACCGUGGUGGGCGCUCGUGCGCGAUUGGCUGGGGUCGGAGGUGGCGCAGGAACGGCGGGCGGUAGCGUCCAGCUGGCCGAGCUGCAGCACGCGCUAGCGGCGUCGUGCCGCGCUACGCCGCGCCUACGCCACGCCUGGUUGGCUACGCUCGCCGACCACAACGCGCGCCAAUCCGACCACGACGAGGCCAUGUGCUGCCAACUUCACAUCGCAGCCCUCAUAGCGGAGUAUUUGAAGCAGCGCGGCACCCAGAGCUGGGGUGCCGAGGCGUUCACGGAAAUAUCCAUGAACAUUCCACGCGACGAGACCGGCCUCAAAAUCGACGAAGGUAAG